AUGAGCAUUUCCCCAAUUUUCUGGAACGAUCAGCAGAAAUGCUCGGUGGUAUUUAUCGCAGGCGUGUGCUCCAAUCAAAAUGAGCAAGAGUCCAAAGCAAGUUAUGGCAUUUACUGGGGAUUGCGUAAGAAAUGCACGAGUUUCUCGGAGAUAUGCUCUUUUUUUCAGACGAUGAGAGGAACAAAUGCGGUCCGGUGGCUGGGGAGCAGAGCCAGUUGCGCGCGGAGCUCACGGGAGUGAAAAAAAGACUCUGGAAAUGGUUAAAAAAACAUAGUUGCCACGGGCCGGGCCGGGCCGGGCCAAAAUUUCCAAAACUCUGGCCCGGCCCGGCCCGUCGGCCCGGCCCGACCUGGCCCGGCCCGGUCGGCCCGGUUCAAAAAGCGGGAAUUCAAAAAUUUGAAUUAUUGAUCGCAUGAAGCCAUUUUUUUGUAGAAUUCGGGGUUUUUUUGCAAGCAUCGAACAUUGAAAAAAACAAAUGUAUUUCUCAUAAAAAAAUUCAUAAUAGCAAAAAAACAAAGAAGAAACACUAAAAUCUUUAGUUCGAAAAAUUUUUUUGUAAUAACGAAAAAAAUUUCCGCGAAAAAUUUGAAUUCCCUGCCUUUUGAACCGGGCCGACCGGGCCGGCACUUCACCGACCCUGGCCCGGCCCGGGCCGGCACUUUACCGGCCCGGCCCGGCCCGGCCCGGGUCGGCCCGGGCCGGCCCGCAUGGCCGGCCCGAAAUCUGGCAAGUCUGGUUAAAAACUUCGCGUUCGGACACAAUAACUAACGUUUUCAGGCCGUUUGCGAGAAUAUAG